AUGGCCUCACCCACCAGCUUUGGAGAGCUGGGCCUCUCAAUCAUAGGCGUGGGCUCCCAAUACCCUCAGAAUGAGCUCUCACCCAAUGCGCUCGAGCUUCUGAGCAAACGGUUCUACCCAGAGUCAGAUUCGAUGAAGAAGGUCCUGUCUAUAAACCGGUUCACGGGCAUAGACACCCGCUCAUCCAUAGGCACGCCGGACCACCCCCUGGUCAACCAAGAGAAGACGCCUUCCAUCGCAGAGAUACACAAGAUCUUCAUGAGCGACGGCGUGCCUCUGGCCAUCAGCGCCGCGCAAAAGGCGAUAGCAGAGGCGGGCAUCGACCUCGCCGAGAUCACGCACGUCGUGUCGACGACGUGCACCGACAGCGCGAACCCCGGGUUCGACCACUUCGUCGUCAAGGGCCUGGGCAUCCGGCAGCCGGUCGAGAAGGUGCUCCUCCACGGCGUCGGCUGCAGCGGCGGCCUCAACGCGCUCCGGACGGCGGCGAACCUGGCGCUGGGGCACGCGAUGCGGCGCCGGCCGGCGCGGGUGCUGGUGCUCGCGCUCGAGGUCAGCACGACCAUGGUGCGCAGCGAGCUGGACAGCAUCGACGAGCUGCAGGAGACGAGGAUAGGCGUCGCGCUGUUCUCGGACUGCGCCAGCGCGGUCGUGCUGAGCAACGGCGUCGGCGAGCCCGUGGAGCCCGUCUACGAGCUGCUCGGGUGGGACCACAGGAUACUGCCCGACACGGAGGCAGAUCUCGGCUUCGAUGUCGACCCCGUCGGCUGGAAAGUCGUCCUGUCCCCCCGGGUCCCCAAGCUCGCAGCCGGCGCACUGGAACCCUCCUUCUCGGACCUCCUCGCCUCCCUGCCGGACCUGCCGCCGUCCUACCGCAAGGCGGCAGACUUCGACUGGGCCAUGCACCCGGGCGGCGCGACCAUCCUGACGGGCGCCGAGAGCGCCCUGGGCCUGUCGCCGGAGCACAUGCGCGCCUCGUACGACACGUACAUCCGGCACGGCAACUCGAGCUCCGCCACCAUCUUCAGCGUCAUGGACCGCCUGCGCUCGGCCGAGAUGGACCGGCUCGCGCCCGGCGGCCGGCCCAAGGACUACGUCGUCGGGUGCGCCUUCGGCCCGGGCAUCUCGGUCGAGAUGUGCCUGCUCCGGCGCAACCUCAACCUCGGCGGCGUGCCCGAGGAGGCGAGCGACACGAGCCGCAGCGAGGCGGCGGAGGAGGAGGACGGCGCGGACGCGCUGGCGGGCGGCGACGACGACGACGACGACGCGCGGGACUGGGACGCCGAGACGGAGUCUUCGCGGGCGUCGGUUGUGGGGAAGGACGUCGUCGGGUUCGAGGAGGCGCCGCCGUCGAGGGGAGGGGAGGUCACGGAGGAGUUUGUGCGCGAGGCGCUUGAUGCGGUUGAGUUGGACUGA